CCAGUUCCUACUUAGAGACACGCGUCAGGCUCUACUGAGGACCUCGAGCUCGCAAAAUGAAGACUCUUGUACUUUUCUUCGCCGUCUGCGUGGCUGUGGCCUACAGCCAAAAGCCGGAGCCAUGCUCGCCACCAUCUCUCUGGGAGGCCAGAAUCUCCAGGAUUGAUCCAGAAAAGCGCUUCUCCGAGCGUGCGAAGAUUUCCUACGAUGCCACCAACAGGCGCAUCCGCAUCAUCGAGGAAGUCAACCUUCUUCUGGAGAGGGAGUACUAUGACGUGCUGUUCAUCCACAACACCGAACCCGGCACUGAAUACCGCUUCAACCUGAAGACUAAGGAGUGUAAUAAGAGGGAGAUCUCUGAUCCCUGGCGUCCCUUCCAAGUCCCUCCCAACUCCACCUUCCUGGGCGAGAGUUACAUCGGGACCGGCGCGGUACCCGGGGCAGGCGUCCAGACGCAGCUUUGGGAGAGAGGCUUUGAGGGCGGAGAUAAGUAUUUUGGUGUCUACACCGUUGUGGGCUGCAUUCCCAUCCAAGAGGAAUUCUACAGCAGGCGCACUGGCCUCGUCACUUCUACCUUCUUUGACGUGACGGGUGGUAUCGCCGACCCUAACGUCUUCAUCCCACCGAGGGAAUGCGAGUAACCCGCGGUGCGCAGUAGUAGUAAUUACGGUGCAUAGAUGCUUUCAGAAGCUUAUGAAUAAGAACGACGAAACAGAUCAAGUCUCUAAUAAUACUUAAUUGGAGAAAUUCGCGUGUUUGAUCUUGUAAGCGUUAACUUCUACUAAGUAAUUUCAGGUAACAUGCAAAGUCUACUUAUCACAGGUUUGUCAUGUCGAUAUCAUGUCCACGUGGAUUUUGUUGUGUGUAGUCAAGCACCACUCAUAGUACUACAGCUAUACCUGCAUGUGCAAAACGUUAGGUCACACCCUUGUCUAUUUCAGCAUUUAUUAUCUCCACACACUGUAAGGAAACGAUCGUGAUCUUUUAUACCAUUAAAGACCUAUCUACUCA